UUUGAAUUCUCCCUCUGAUUGGAGCAGGCAGCAUAUUUUGGCGUGCGCGGCCCCCAGUGUCACCUUGCUCUGCUGGACACAGUGGAGCAGCGGAGUAGAAAGGGGCAGUGAAGGUCUGGUCUAAAUCACGACUGUGUUUGGGGACUUACUAUAGAACCAUGGCCGCCGCAGCCAACGCCCCCAAACCCAAGACCUCUCCCAAAUCCAUAAAAUUUCUCUUCGGGGGAUUGGCCGGGAUGGGCGCGACCGUGUUCGUGCAGCCGCUGGACCUGGUGAAGAACCGCAUGCAGCUGAGUGGUCAGGGUUCGAAGGCGCGAGAGUACAAGACCAGCCUGCACGCCGUGGCCAGCAUCCUGCGCAACGAGGGCGUCCGUGGCAUCUACACCGGUCUGUCUGCAGGGUUGCUGAGGCAGGCCACCUACACCACCACUCGUUUGGGGAUCUACACAGUGCUGUUUGAGCGCAUGACUAAAGCAGACGGGACGCCCCCCAACUUUUUCAUGAAGGCGCUUAUCGGCAUGACAGCGGGGGCCGUCGGGGCCUUUGUGGGGACCCCUGCUGAGGUGGCACUAAUCCGUAUGACUGCCGAUGGCCGCUUACCCCCAGAUCAGAGGAGGGGGUACACCAAUGUGUUUAACGCCCUGAUCCGGAUCACCCGCGAGGAGGGGAUCCUCACGCUCUGGAGGGGCUGUAUUCCCACCAUGGCCAGGGCUGUAGUGGUAAACGCUGCCCAGCUGGCCUCCUACUCCCAGUCCAAACAGGCUCUUCUGGACACAGGAUAUUUCAAUGAUGACAUUUUGUGCCACUUCUGUGCCAGUAUGAUCAGUGGCCUUGUCACCACUGCUGCGUCGAUGCCAGUCGACAUUGUCAAAACCAGGAUUCAGAACAUGAGAAUGAUUGAUGGAAAGCCGGAAUACAAGAAUGGACUGGACGUCCUGGUCAAGGUGAUUAGGAGUGAGGGCUUCUUCAGCCUGUGGAAGGGCUUCACACCCUACUAUGCUCGGCUGGGCCCGCACACUGUGCUCACCUUCAUCUUCCUGGAGCAGAUGAACAAGUUCUACAAGAUAUACUUCCUUGACUCAUAGAGUCAAGCAGGACUGACUGAUGGAUACGAACUCUCUGAACCCACCCCUCAUUUCACACUGACAUAGAGCUUCACCAGGUCCCCCCAACCCCCCCCCCCCCCCCCCCCCCC